AGGUGUUUAUGAGGCGCUGGGGGCGGAGGAGGCGAAUUAGUCCGAGGGGAGAGAGCGAGCUGAGUGGUUGUGUGGUCGCGUCUCGGAAACCGGUAGCGCUUGCAGCAUGGCUGACCAACUGACUGAAGAGCAGAUUGCAGAAUUCAAAGAAGCUUUUUCGCUAUUUGACAAAGAUGGUGAUGGAACUAUAACAACAAAGGAAUUGGGAACUGUUAUGAGGUCUCUUGGGCAGAAUCCCACAGAAGCAGAGUUACAGGACAUGAUUAAUGAAGUAGAUGCUGAUGGUAAUGGCACAAUUGACUUCCCUGAAUUUCUGACAAUGAUGGCAAGAAAAAUGAAAGACACAGACAGUGAAGAAGAAAUUAGAGAAGCAUUCCGUGUGUUUGAUAAGGAUGGCAAUGGCUAUAUUAGUGCUGCAGAACUUCGCCAUGUGAUGACAAACCUUGGAGAGAAGUUAACAGAUGAAGAAGUUGAUGAAAUGAUCAGGGAAGCAGAUAUUGAUGGUGAUGGUCAAGUAAACUAUGAAGAGUUUGUACAAAUGAUGACAGCAAAGUGAAGACCUUGUACAGAAUGUGUUAAAUUUCUUGUACAAAAUUGUUUAUUUGCCUUUUCUUUGUUUGUAACUUAUCUGUAAACGGUUUCUCCCUACUGUCAAAAAAAUAUGCAUGUAUAGUAAUUAGGACUUCAUUCCUCCAUGUUUUCUUCCCUUAUCUUACUGUCAUUGUCCUAAAACCUUAUUUUAGAAAAUUGAUCAAGUAACAUGUUGCAUGUGGCUUACUCUGGAUAUAUCUAAGCCCUUCUGCACAUCUAAACUUAGAUGGAGUUGGUCAAAUGAGGGAACAUCUGGGUUAUGCCUUUUUUAAAGUAGUUUUCUUUAGGAACUGUCAGCAUGUUGUUGUUGAAGUGUGGAGUUGUAACUCUGCGUGGACUAUGGACAGUCAACAAUAUGUACUUAAAAGUUGCACUAUUGCAAAACGGGUGUAUUAUCCAGGUACUCGUACACUAUUUUUUUGUACUGCUGGUCCUGUACCAGAAACAUUUUCUUUUAUUGUUACUUGCUUUUUAAACUUUGUUUAGCCACUUAAAAUCUGCUUAUGGCACAAUUUGCCUCAAAAUCCAUUCCAAGUUGUAUAUUUGUUUUCCAAUAAAAAAAUUACAAUUUACCCAA